ACAGACUUCACCAUUGCUCGCGCUCCUUGGGACUAUCCCACUUCAUGAGCGGCCACAUGAAGCGAUCGAUGGCAUCACAAGAAUACCAAGGCGAGGUCGCAUCGCCAGCAAAGGCCAAGCGGCCUCACAAAGGUCUCCGGGAGGCCAUGAAGGAUGAGGAAGUCCAAGUUCAUGUCGAUGAUCUUUGUGUGGCCAUAUUGGACAAAUACCCAAAAGCUCGCCAUCACUUUCUGGUACUUCCUCGGGAAGAUAUUCCUGGCCUCCAUGACUUGACGGCGGCGCACGUCGGUUUGCUCCGCCACCUCGAAUCGGUCGGUUACAGCAUCAUAGAGAAGAGAGGCCUCGACAAGGGAGAUUUCCGACUUGGAUACCACGCCAUACCUUCGAUGAUCCAACUCCACCUCCACGUCAUCUCUCAAGAUUUCGUGUCCCCGCGGCUCGAAACUCAGCGACAUUGGAAUAGUUUCACGACGGACUUCUUCGUCGAAAGCUUUAAAUUUAUCGACGAUAUUGCUAAGAAUGGGAAAUUCACCCUUCUGAACAGGGAGCAAGCGAUGGAUUUAUUGUCGACAGAGCUGAGAUGCCACAAGUGUAAUUUCGAGCCCUCGAACAUCCCAGAUUUGAAACAGCAUCUCGAGAGGAACAUUCACGAGUUCACCGAGGGAGAAUGAUCUCGUGCCAAUGCACUUCCGACGAAGCUUGUCGCCUGAUCUUCGCCCCUUCUCCUUAUGUCGCCGGGAGUAAGACCUCGCAGCGUUCACGCCAUGCGAGGUCCUCGCUUUGGUUGGCGAACUCUCUCACUCAGGGAAUCUUAAAUGGCGAGGGCUCGAGCGAACGCCUUAUAUCAGACCACUCUCGCUGGCAUGCGAUGUGGUGCAUGAGCUACUUCACUCUUCUUGGCUCUCGUGAACGAACCGGCAGAUCGCAUGGAGAUGAAUUCUUUGAAAACAAAUUGAAGUUUGAAUAUGAAGUUGACGAGUACGUGACGAUUAAUGGACCUUGUGAGUUUAUUCUGCACUGGUGUCUCGGAUCGGACUCGAAAUAUACUCGAGAUCUCUCGCGGGAG